AUGAUACUUAGGCCUUCACCAGGCCGUCUUCGGGCGAUGGCGAGGAGUGCUGGUCGACACGCUCCGCCGCGCCCCUCAAACACCAUCAGACCUUCAGUACCUCGUACAAUUUAUACCGCAGCAAGACCCUCCGUCCGACGAGGCUUCUCCACCUCCUCGAUCCGCCACUUGGCUUCACCUCACUCCAUCUCGGCCCUACUCAAACGCACACUUAUCCGCGCAACCCGCUCCCUCCAAAUCACUCUCAACCGUCCUGUAACCCCUUUCAAACUCCACCCUAUCCUCACUACCCUCAAGGAGGCCCUUCGCCGUCCCUCCUACACCGUUCGCUCAUCCUUACUCAAAGGCGCAAUCUCCACCUUCCGCAGCACCGCAUCCCGAACCACCCCCUCCACCACCAAACAUGAAUACUCCCGCCUCAACACCCCAUCCGUCACCUUGGCUCGUGGGGCACUGAGCGGGCUCGGUCCACGUCCAUCGGCCGGACAACUCUCACUUUCUCCGUUGCGAGGUGGAGUAGGAUUGCAGACGAGUAGGAAGUUCUCCAGUGGUGGCGCUAGAGUGUUUGAUAACCUGGUCGUAAACGCUCCUCUGGCGCUGAGGCUGGCUGGUGAUGAGUUGGAGGAGAAAUCCAAGUUGGCCCGUCGCAAGCCAAGCGCUACCGUUCGAAGGGCAGGCCCCGCGAGUGCUAGGAGGACCGGUGCAGCUUUUACUGGUGCGAAGCUGGCGAAGAACGCUUUCAGCUUCGCUAAUCAGCAAAAGCAACAGCAGGCUACCCCUCAAUCGGAGGUAGUUGAAGCUGAAGAUGGUAAGAGUGAGGUUCCGAGCGAGUACAGCGAGUACUUUCAGUACCCUUCGCUUAUCAUCCACAACUCAACCUUGGCUUCGGAGAGCAGUACAACGGUGAUUCGGAUCCGCUUGAUCCAUCCUCUGUACGACACUCUUGGAGGUAAAGACCCCUCCCCUUCGACGCUCGCAUACGGACCGCGGCUUUUCGAUCAAGCGUUUCUGCUCGACGCCUCUACAGCAUUGCAGUACGAACAUAAGAGGUAUUUACAAGCUAAAACCUUGCUCAGAGUGUUAUGGCAGAGCGGGGUGUUGACAGAGGAAAAUGGAGAGUUGGAUUUGGCUUCUGAUCCCGCCUACUGGACGAUUAGCGUUAGAGGCAGGGGCAGGGAAGAAGUUGAGAGAGUGUUGAGGAGGGCCGUGCAGUUUGAUUUUGCCGGUUGGUGCAGUAUCGGCUCGGAAGGCGGGGAGGAAGAGAGGGCCGGUGGUUUGGAUUGGUCUUACCUCCACCCAGGGACGACCAGAAGUGAAGGGUGGUCGACGCCAACGACUAGCAGAAUAGAGAGAGGGGAAGAGGUGUUCUCACUGCCUUCCACACCGACCUUGUCUUCCGGGGAAGAAGUAGGCCAAGGAGAAGCAGAGGUGGGAAGUGAUGAGUUGAUGUCCCUACCUUCGGAUGUCAGUUUUUCGUCUGGUGCUGGUCUUUCGGAUUCUAGAGAGUGGCUCUAG